CCAGAUGAAGAGAUUUUGAAGGCUGCGCUCUAUCGUUAUUCGCAAGAACGUCUUCCACUCCCGCGUCGUAUCAAGCGGUUGGGCCAUGAAUUACAACUGGAUAUUGGUCUAACGCUGUUGAAGAAUCUGAACAAGCAUUUUGGAAUUCCUUCGUCGCGGAAGGCUCCAAAAGGUGUGGCCGCAACACAGCUCGUUCUGAACGAGAUGUCCGAGGAUUCAUCGGGACGGCGUGGCAUUGGUGCUAUGCAAACACACCUUGCAAUUUCUGGCACACCGUUACCACGGCGAGUGAUAGCCAGCUUCGCGCUUGGGCCAAUGUACGAAGUGCAUUGUGACGGGCAUGACAAGCUCGGCGCAUUAGCGCUGCAAAUGGGUGGUGUCGCACUGCCUAUCUACGGUUACAAGGACAAGUGUUCAAGUGUAUGUAUCCAGCUCGUCAUUAUUCCGAACAAUCGGAAGGCAGACGUUGUUGGACAUACGUACUGUGACUGGGUCAGUGAGCUCGGAUGUAUUCCGUUGCAACUCACGUUUGACAAAGGCUCCGAGACUGGCGAGCUCUAUGCUAUGCAGACAGCGUUCCGUGAAGUGUAUGCUCCAGAAAUUGACACGACAACAUAUCCUCCAUGCCACGCAAUGAAGAGUGUCCAUAAUACCCCAAUCGAGAGCUUCUGGCAUGCAUUUCGCCAGCAUACUGGCCGCAACCUGUAUGCUGCAAUCGUACGAGGUAAGGAGGAUGGCAUUUUCCACGUCAAUAACGAAUUACAUGAAUGUCUCUUCUACUGGAUAUGGCCGCAAAUUGUCCAACGGGAGCUAACCGACUUCCGCGACUAUUGGAACAUGCAUAAGCUCCGGGUUCAACGUGACAAACUCAUGCCAUCAGGAACGACACCUACUGACCUCUGGAUUGCACCGGAGGACUACGGACAUGUGCGGAUCAGUAUACCUGUGCCCCGGGAUGCUGUGGAAGCCAUGCGUCGCGAACGGCUGCCCAUAUCCCGUGACGAAGCAUUCAGUUGGGUUGACCACGAGUUUGCAACGUCUGCUGAGCAGGCCUACAGCUCACUUGGGUGCCCACGGCUCAACAAAGAUACUGCUUGGGAGGUCUUCAGUCGUAUGGAGCCAAUGUUGAAGUACUAG